CAGCAACAAGGCGGACUACGAGGCCCCGGAUUCCGGAACCUACCAAACCCGUUGUGUUCAAGAUUUGCUAACGAGAGACAAUGCAUUCCUACCAUGAUAAAAAAUCAGACCCAUUUUACAAACUACCUGCAUCCAAACCAGCAAGUUCCAAAAUAGUUAAUGAGGCACGAAAUGCCCUUAGCACAGUGGGGACGCAAAGGCCUUUUACACCAAGAGAAGACAUCAGAAAACUGUUUGGAUCUUCAUCUUCCAGGACACAAGAUAACCGACCUCCUUCCUCAUUUAGUCUGGAUGCUUGUAACUUUGAAUAUUGUGACUCAAGACCUGUUUCUGGGACACGCCUGCGUCCUCUGUCUAAUAAACCAAAGCUUCCACUCCUUCCUCCAGAAGAUACAGAGAGUGCGCCAAGAACACCUCACCCCCCUCUACAUCCGAUGCUGGCUAAGAGAAGCAGUAUAGGCAGACGACGUUUGUUAGAACCUUUAUCCCAAGGAACCCUGGUUUCUGAUUGUGGGAAUCAACCAGAAGAAGGAAAGAAGCAGGAGAGUACUGAAGGGUCAAGCCAUAUCUCAAGAGUUCAUUUAGAAGACAACAUUCCUAUUUCAGGAUCUCAACAAGCCCUUAAUGAAAGCGACAACACCGAACACCUGCAGAAACUUCCAGAACAAAACAUUUCUCUGGAAGAUGACAGUCGAUGUGGUCCUUGUGGAAGAAGGUGCAGCCCACCUCUGAGUCACAGUCAUCAAGGAAGUUCCAUAUCAGGAAUUAAAGCAGGUUUUGAAUCUGAACAAGUGAGAGGAACUGAACAAGAGACAGAAACGGAGAUAAACCUCUGGGUUGUGAAGGUUUUUCCUAUUCUGCAGGAAUUAGAUGCAGCUUGCAACGACAAAAACGUGGAAGAUCUCUGCUGCAUCUGUGCUAAACUCCACAAAUGCCUGGAAGAUGGAAACAUGUUAGGAAAACAGUGUAUAAAAAGAGCUUCCAUCCUGAAGACUUUGUACAGAUUAAUUGAGAUUGGUUCAGAUAAACUUAACCUCAGACUUUCAGGUCUUAUUCUUGCUCUGAAAGUCAGUGGCAAAAAUCUCCUCUCCAUCUGUAAAGUCUUGUUUAAAAUCAGCCGAAAUGAAAAUAAUGAUGACUUUUUCCAAAAUUAUAAUAUACUAGGUUACUUGUUGGAGGUCCUGCAAAACGAAGAUGUCCGUGCAAACAGCGAAGCUUUUCUUUACUGCAUGGCGGCGAUCAAAUUCCUGUCUGGAAAUACUGCUCUUCUAAAUGACUUAUUAAAGAAACAGGCAGUUGAAAUAUUAGUUGCCUUAAUGAAGCAAAUCAUCACUUACAACGCAGCUCCAGGAACAAGUUCUCCAAAUAUCGGCCAUCUGCUGGUGCAGCUCACUGCCACCCUGAGGAACCUGGCUGAUCUUCCGCAGUCCAGACAAAUGUUUCUAGAGAGCAAUGCACUUUCUGAUCUCUGUUUGCUGAUGGAGCACUUUGUAUGUGAUGAGGACAUCUGUACCAAUAUUUCACGAAUACUGAGCAAACUUUCUUCCUACAAUGACUGCUGUACAACUCUGAUUGGAUGCGCCAGAUGCUAUCCUGCAUUGUUAGCCGUUCUGAGAAAACAUCCGAACAAGCAGGACCUUGUUGUGCGUAUUUUUUAUACUCUUGGGAACCUAACAGCAAAGAAUAACAAGGCACGAGAACAGCUGUAUGAAGAGAAAGGAAGCAUCAAGACCCUGCUUGGAUUUUUACACACUUAUAUUGAGUUUGACAUUAAUUCAGAACAGAAAAAAUACACUGAAAAUACAGAGAAUACAACAGAGAGAAUGAAAGACUCCAAAAGACCUUCUGAAAUAGAAGAUGUUCUAGUCAAACUCAUUAGGUUACUGGCCAACAUGUCCAUCUACUCUGUCAUAGGCAAAGAUCUGGCUGCUAAUCAGAGCUGUGUUACACUUUUAAUGCUAAUUCUUGAUUACAAAUCAGUUGAGAAAUGCGAAGAGUUGUUGAUAAAUACUGUUGCAGCUAUUAAUAACCUAUCCUACUAUCAAGAUUGCCCUUCCAUUAUUAUAGACAGGAGGCUGCAGAUUUCACAGCUGCUUUUAAAACUGCUGCUGUGCAAUAACAUGGACGCUAUUCUUGAAACCACACGAGUCUUUGGCAAUCUCUCCCACUAUCAAGAUGUCUGUGAUUUCAUUGUGGCAAGGAAAAUCUACAAGUUCAUGGUUACUCUUCUGGAUGCUAAACAUCAAGAUGUCUGCUUCUCUGCAUGUGGUGUUCUGGUAAAUCUAAAUGAAGACCGCAGUAAACGAGCCUUACUGAAACAAGAUGGUGGCAUUAAAAAAUUAGCAGAUUGUUUACGAGACUUUGGACCCUCAGACUGGCAACUGGCUGGUUUGGUGUGUAAAGCCUUGUGGAAUUUCAGUGAAAAUAUAACUGAAGCACAGUCGUGUUUUGGGCAUGAGGAGACGCACAUUAUAAUGGAGCUCUUAUCAUCCUUUCUAGAUGAAGAAAUUGCCCUGCACAAGAGGUGGAAUGAUGAUUUAAUGGAAUAUCACAAAACAUAUUGGGAAGAAGAAUUUAAACCUGUAGCUUCACAACUUCUAGAGAGAAUUCAGACUCAUUAUUCCAGUUUGGAGCCUUUGCCAAUUUAGACUUGGUGAUGGUUGCACAUUAAAUAGCUGUUAUUAAAUAUUGCUGUUUCAUUUUUUGAGACAGUAGCAAUUAAAUAUAUUUUUGAAAUGUAUAGUAAAUUAUUUGUUUUAAGAAAGCAAUCCUAAAUAAAUUAAAGGGACUUGAUACCUAAAUGUUGAAGCACUUGAAAGUGAUGCAGCAUAGCUGUAAAAAGCUAACUAGAAUAUCACCUAAACAUCUCUAUGUAUAAAAAAGAAAAAUAUUUGACCUCAAAAUUUCCUAAGUAGCCACAUUGUAAAGUGAUUUUCAGCAGCCAAUCAGGAUGCUAGUCCCGGGACUUGUAAGGGAGAGCGCAUCUGGCAUCUGCAGGCACAGUUAUGUUAUUUUCCUAUUCCGUUUAAAGAACUUUACUAUUAAAUCUCACAAGAUUUCAGUAAAAUCUCAUGAGAUCACAUCAAAGCAUGACUUCAGCACUUCUGAUGCUUAUUGGCAAUUGUUUUUUUGGGGGGGUUUAUCCUGCAACUGGACAGUAGCUGAAGGAUAACUGUUCACUGAGCAAUUACUAUUGAGAGAUGAAAAAAUGUUGAUGAACAAUAUCUUUUUUACAUAGAGAUGUUCAUGUGAUAUUUUCUUGUCAGCUUUUUACAGUUACAGUAUGCUGCAUCACUUUCAAGUUUUAUGUCAAUUUAACAGUUUUGUAAAAAAAAAAAAAAAUACAGAAUUUAUGUACUAAAAGCUAUAUUUUAAGUGAUAAAUAGGUUUCUUCUUGAAUACAUUUUAAUUUUUUUCAGAUACUUUUGAGAAUAAAAUUAUCUACCAUCUAAAAUGUUA